AUGGCACUGUCGAGUGGCGGUCCAAAAGACAUGACCUCACAUGGCAUUACCGACGCGGCGGGAGUGCCUAGCGAAGAGGAUAUAUUUGCCCUAGAGCAUUCUUUUCUAAGCUUGCCGGUAGAGGAGCUGAGGAUGCAGUUGAAAGCGCAGCAGCGAAACACGGAGAAAGGGUUUGCGUACUGCAAAGCGCUCUCGGAAAGUCUAUUAACACAUAUUACAAAUGGGGACUGGAGCGAUAAUGUUGCGAGGGAAAAGACCAAGCAUGCUCUUCGUUCCGAGUUGGCGCGCCUUCGAGCACUGCGCGAUCGCGUAGUCGAGGCUCGUAUUGAGCAUCUCGGCGUAGUAUUUACGUUUGCGGAAGAUGCAGAAGCGUUCAACGACUGGUGCGCAACUCGACUUGUUCGUAUGGUGGCCGAUUAUAUGCUGCGCCACAACUGUGACAAAAGCACAGCGCUCCUAGCGCAACAGCGCAAGAUCGAAGCGCUCGUUGAUUUCCCUGUGUUUUCACAAAUACGCAAGGUAAAGGAAUCGCUCGUACCGGACAAGGUCUCUGGACGUGCACCGUCGUGUUCCUUGGCGUUGGCGUGGUGCACGGAGAACAAGACGGCGCUCCGGAAAUUUAAAUCUACUUUGGAGUUUGAUCUCCGAUUGCAAGAGUUUAUUGAGCUAACGCGGAGCCGCACCUCUUGCUCGCUUCGCGACGCGGUUGUCUAUGCGCAGAAACAAUUGAUGCCUUGGCUCCACGCCCAGGACGAGGCUGACGAUUUGGACAAGGAUGGGCCUGCGCGCAACAACGUGACAUACACACGCGCACAGGCCGUACGGGCAAUGGGCCUUUUGGCUUUCGGCCCUGAUAUGUGGUCUUAUCAUGAUCUUUACAAUGUGGAGCGCUGGAAAUACCUCUGCGAUACAUUUCUCCAGAUCGCCCUGCGUGUAUACGAGAUACCCCCCGUCCCGCUAUUGCAUAUUGCACUAAGCGCAGGACUUUCCAGCUUAAAAUCGCACGCGUGUUGCUCGACACAUUAUCAUGACAAGAUCGGCACGGUGGCUACAAACCUUUCUAUCGCAAAGGAUGAAAAGCAUCCUGAAUGCCCUGUGUGCGAUGCUAACGGGCUCGGCGAGCUUGCCAAGGAAGUCCCGUUCAAUCACCACGCCAACUCUAUUCUUAUUUGUCGUAUUAAUGGCAAGGUGAUGGACGAUAAGAAUCCCCCCAUGUGCUUGCCGAACGGCAUGGUCUACUCCGAAACAGCAUUACACGACUUGGCCACGCGCAGUGCUGACAGCGCUACGGGGAUCUCGCGCACUGUAUCUUCGAAGAUGCAGAACGCGUUUUUGGACACUGAAAAGCAUGUGCCUUUUGAUUGCAAGGAGCCUGGAGAGAAAAUCGACGUAUACCAUCCAGCAGAGUCCCCUGCAGAUGGCUGUGCGACAGGCGAAGAAAAUGCUAUGACGCCGACACUUCGUGAGCAGUCUGAACUGCUGUGGAACGGAGGCCGCCGUGGAAAUCUAGGGAAGCUCGACACAAGACAGAAUAUAAUGCCAAGAGCCAAUGCCGCUCCCCUGCAGGAUAGCGGGAUGGAAGCAAGUGCUCCCUGGCACACCUUCUUGCGCGACCGGGCAUAUCUUCCCCAGUCGUUGCUGGGCAAUCCCAAUCCCCGCCAACUUGAGGCCAUUCAGUCUCCCGAUGCGAUGAGCCCGACGUCGCCACUGCGCCAAGCCACCAGUGACCCGACCGAAGAUACAUACAGCACCUGGUCCAGCAUGAAAACUAUACCCGCUUCCCGCACAGACAUAAAAAAAGGCUCUUCGUUACGCUCUGCAACAAACCUGAGCUCAUUUAGUGCGGACGAUCACUCGCAGUCGUCGUGGCUGGAGUCAAGCUCCGAUUCAUCCUUGAAUACUAGACUCCCGUCACCACCGUCUCGUUUUGAUUCCUUGCACAGCAUUUCCGGGUUUCAGUAUCAACCUAGCGGCGGUGCUCUAGCGUAUAGGAACGCCGCUGGGCCGUACUCUUCGUCUUCUGCAAAAGCGAAUGUGGACGAGUCCAGCUCCCUAACGAUGGAUUUUGGGCCGGGCAGUAGUGGCAGCCAUUUUGGCUCUGGAAUACGCGCUCAGCUAGCCACCACCCUGUCUUCACUGAUUGAAAAAGUACCUUUGGAAAUUCCAGAGGGAUGUGUACGGACGAUUAGCAUUGCUGAAUUCGGCUGCUUGAAUUCAAGGUCCUUGCUAUUGCUACGUCUUGUGAUUGAAGAAUUCAUUGAGCGGGUCAAAAUGAUGCAGCAUGGUGCUUCCUCUCCUUCCACGCAAGAUAAAAAGGACCUCGCCCUGCCCCCUGAACCAUUUCCGAUUGUGUUUAAUGUGAUACACGAAGACUCACCGCAAGCGGACUAUCGGUCUUUUACUCAUCUGUUGGACACGCAUCCGGAUUCUUACAUGAACCCAAUAUGGCAAUCUUCGUGCGGCCCGUGCCUUCAAAAUUUUCUUUACCCUUCAUUUGUGGCACGUCCUUUUGGAUCGAGGAUUGUGCCGCCAAACACACUUGACGUUGGGUUCAGCUUGAUGGAUUUACAUUGGAUGCACACGCCCAAUGCACAGGGUGUAGCGCUGGCAACGACGGCGCAGGCCGAACUUACAACAUUUUUGUAUGCACGCUCGCACGAGUUUAAGCAAGGCGGCGUGUUUAUAAUGGCCUUUCUUGCGCGCCAGGAAGUGGAUGUGGCCGCAAAGGGGAUACAUGCUUCCAACACAAGCGAUGCCGCCGAUAGAACUUCGUCAUUGGGUUCGCACCAUGAACAAUCCACACCAGGGUCCAUGCAUGACAUUUGGAGUACAAUGAAUGAAAUGCUUGUUCCUUGUUUGCAGCGAUUGGUGUCGUGCGGUAUGCUGAAAAGCGCUGUUGCUCGCCAGUUGCUGACGUUGCCUUUGUAUCCACGCACUGCACUACAAACAAUGCGUGCACUAAAAGACGUGAGUCAUUUAUGGUCGCUAGACUGGAGUUGUGGACUUGGCAAGGACGAUGUAUAUACCACGGCAUGCGACGAGCAAGGAGGCCAUGUUCUUCGGAGCGAGCCUGAAUCUUUUCGGCUCCCGGAACCAGCAUGGGUGGCUUUUCAGUCGGGGAAUAUAUCAAGCUCUGUGAUGCUGCCGGAACCAUCCAUACCGGAUUGGAAAAAUUUUUCGUAUACACCGUACCAGAAGAACAGACUGAUUUCUGGUUCCAGCAAAAAGGCAGCGCCACAAGAGGCGGGCACGGCGCCAGCGGAUCCAACGCAAUCUGAGUCCUAUCGCAUCGCACACGAAUUUGCUUUUGCAGCAGCAGAGCGAGCGCUUCACCUUGACGCGCCGAUUGUGCGUAAACUUCCGUACCGUUCCGGAUUUCAGCCAAACGGUGUGAUCGACAAUAAGACGGACGCGUUUAUUGCACAACGUGCAAUGCAUCGGAGCGCCGUCGAGCUCGAAGAACAGCGUCUUGAGCGGCGUUUGGCCAAGCUUGUUUCUCUUUACUCGCCCGAAUUUGAAAAAGAGGCCGACGCCAUUGCGCUUUCCCCAGAUGCGGCACCAUUCUUGCGGCGCCAAGGAGUGCAAUUGUUCAGCCUGUUUCAGGGUAAGGAGGAGGCACGGAAAAGCCAACUGCUGCAAAAACGCACCGUGGCAGAACAAUCCAUUGUAAAGUGGCAAAGUGAUUCCAAGAUACCCAAUUUGCACAGCGAAGAGCUAGCUAUUCCCCGCAAACCAUGCAGUUCGCUCAAGCUCGUAAACCCAGACACGUACAAGAUUGACAAUAUGCCGCCGCACCCAUCUAGUACGGCUUCACCUGCAGAACGUGACAAGUAUGCGGCAGCAGAAUUCCUUGCCAUCCGCUUGUGUAAAGACUGUACAGGACUGCUCCAUCGGAUCUAUUACCACCAGCACUCGCAAGAAACGACGCAAUUCACCAUGUACUAUAGGACGUUGCUUCGGUUGCAGCGAGAGAUAACAGAAGCGCUACCAGACUUUCAUGAAAUGAUCCUGGGCUUGCAAAAAAAGGACACAGCGACGACAUUGGCGUCCUUCCUGACGGAUAGUAAGACGCUCCAGGAAAAUGCGAUGCAAGCGAGGAAGGAUAUCUUGUUACGUUUGGCUCGUUACGAUCAAAUUGCGAAAGCAACUCGCAACCUACCGCCAAUGGUAGACGGAGAGCAAUCCAUGGCGCAACAGCAAUUACAGCUUGCAAUGUUUCCGCUACAGAGUCUUUCGAAUCUCGGUGCAGAUCGACAUGGCGCCAGCGCAGAACAGAGCAACGCACCUUUGCCGGCCCACACCGACCAGUUGCAUGUAUUGAUGGAGCAAGAGAGGUUGUUACACGGAUAUCUCUCUGCGGCAAUUAAGGAGCGAAACCUGGAUGAUGUGUCGACGCUGAAAGCAAACCGAGACGAAGUGCGUGCAGAGAUUGCACGUCUGCAAUUGCAGGAAAAAGUGCAAUAG